AUAUCACAAUAUUAGCAGAAACAGCUGCUCUUAUUAUUCAAACAAAAACAAACUCUCUUCUCUUUCUCAUUUGGCAAGAUCUGAAUUUUUCCCCUAUAGAAAGGCGCUGUUUGGUUCAUUCAAUUCAACUCUUUUCCUUCAGAUCUUUCACUUCAGGAACAAAUUAAGGAAUGCCAAGAAGAGAAUGGGGAAAAAGGGAAAUUGGUUUUCUACUGUGAAGAAAGCUCUCAGCCCUGACUCAAAGAAAUCGAGUAAAUCAAAGAAGAAAUGGUUCGGGAAGCAAAAAUUGCAGACUUCAGACCCUUCCGUAGAAGAUACGACACCGCCUCUUCCUCCACCAGAAGAUGUUAGAUUAACUCAUAAUGAAAACCAAAACAAUCACCAUCAUGUUGCUGAAAUUACAACUGCUGUGGUUACUGAGGAACCCGGUCCUUCUGUUCCGGCACCAGUUGUUAGGACUCAAGCUUCUGUAGUUGCUCGUUUUGCUGGUAAACCAAAGGAUGAAGUGGCGGCAAUCAAGAUUCAAACAGCUUUUCGUGGAUACUUGGCACGAAGAGCGUUGCGGGCUUUAAGAGGGUUGGUCAGAUUGAAAACACUGAUGGAAGGGCCAAUUGUAAAACGCCAAGCUAUGAGUACCCUCCGUUCAAUGCAGACGUUAGCUCGUCUGCAAUCUCAAAUUCGUUCCAGGAGGGUCAGAAUGUUAGAGGAGAAUCAGGCUUUGCAGAGACAGCUCUUACAGAAGCAUGCAAGAGAGCUCGAGACCAUGCGGAUUGGAGAGGAAUGGGAUGAUAGCCUACAAUCAAAAGAACAAAUUGAAGCCAAGUUAAUGAGCAAGUACGAGGCUACUAUGAGAAGGGAAAGAGCAAUGGCUUAUGCAUUCACUCAUCAGCAAAACGGGAAGAACUCAUCUCGACCUAUGAAUCCAAUGUUUGUGGAUCCAACCAAUCCUACGUGGGGCUGGAGCUGGCUUGAACGAUGGAUGGCUGCUCGACCUUGGGAGAGCCGUGGCCUUAUGGAUAAAGAACUGAAUGACCAUUCAUCUGUUAAAAGUUCGAGCCGUGGCAUUACAGGUGGAGAAAUCAGCAAAUCAUUUGCCCGUUUCCAGCUGAAUUCCGAAAUACAUUCUCCAGCAGCCAGCCAACACCCAGGCUCGCCUAGCUUUCAAUCAAAUUCAACAACUCCUAAGCCAGCUUCUGCAUCAGUUGCAAGGAAACUGAAGAAGGCAAGUCCAAAGGGAAGCUGGGUUAUGGAAGAAGACUCCAAAAGCAUGGCCAGUGUACAGUCAGAUCGAUUUCGUAGGCACUCAAUUGCUGGGUCGUCAGUUAGGGAUGACGAGAGUCUUGCUAGCUCUCCAUCAGUUCCAAGUUAUAUGAUACCAACUCAAUCUGCGAAAGCUAGGUCUAGGACACAAAGUCAGAGUCCAUUAGCUAAAGAAAACGGCAAACAAGAGAAAGGGUCCUUCGGGACUGCAAAGAAGCGUCUUUCUUUCCCGGCUUCGCCCGCCAGGCCAAGGCGCCAUUCAGGUCCGCCGAAGGUAGAAACCGCCAUAAAUGCAGAGGUCACUGUGGACAAUGGUGUGGUCAGUUGAUUACAUAACAAUCAGAGUGAAAGGAUUGAAAUCAUUAAAGGUAGGAUUGAAGAUAUCAGUGAAGAAAAUAAAAACAAAAGUUCAUUUACAUUGAGUGUUCUUUAAAUUUAUUUAUUUGUCCUAUUUUUAUGUGUAUCCUAACAUUUCAUGUAGGCUUUUGAUUUGGGGUGAAAAUUGUUUUACUUACCAUAUAUUCAUCUAUUUGUAUUUUUGUUUACAUUCUC